GGGUUCUGCACAGCUGUAUUGUGCUUCCGGUUCCUUUCUGAAAAGCACUGAGAUACAUAGCUGUUGUUCCUCCAACACUACAAGAUCUGUUGCCAGAUGGAUCAAUGUCCAGGGACGGAAAAAGUAGAUUUCAGCUCAUCCACAGUGGUGACCGUCACGUUCCAUGAUGUGGCCGCGUGUUUUGAGGAGGAGGAGUGGGAGCUGCUGGAGGAGUGGCAACGGGAACUCUACAGAAACGCGAUCAAGGAGAUCCACAAGGCACUGAGAGAGCUGGGAUACAGGAUCCUAAACCCUAACCUGCUGGUGAAGGUUGAGAAGUCACUUGACCGAUGUCGAAGUCUGAGCCCCUCCACAAGCACUGCUGUACUUGUGCCGGAUAUUCUACUGAAGAUUGACCAGGGGAAGAAUCUUAAAAAUUGCUCUGGACGAGAGAGAGAACAGACUCCACUUGAUUCUUGCAGAGGUUCCCACAACCGUAAACCUGAGCAUCCCAUGCGGCUGAAACAAGAGGAUGAUGUGCGAUUCUCUGGUCUGGACAACACAGAAAGAGCCAUCUCUACAGAUCCUUCUGGUAUGAUCGUGAUGGUGAAACAAGAGGAAGACGACGAGGAGGAGGAAGAAGAACCAGAUGAAGAUGUAGGAGAGGAGAAAUCCUUAGGCGAGACUUCUGGACCGGACAGUGCGGAUUUGGAAGAGCGCAUCCCCAAGAGAGAAACUUUAAGUGGAAUAGAUACAGAUUCACCUUCUGUUGGAGAUACUUCAAGACUCUUCACCCAGGUGCCACUAAUAAGCCCUUGCGGAGACAAUAUGUUUCUGUUUUCGGACACAGGAAUGUCACUGAACCGAACUUUACCUCAAGAAUACUCUCUGGAGAAUGCUUUGGACUUUGAGAAGUAUUUGAACAGCCUGGCACACUCUGCUCUCUUGCCCAGGGACACUCAGAAGCCCCUACGGAGUGAGUUUGAAAGGGGAUUCUAUGAAAAUUAUAGCAUUCAUAGCAAGCAGCGCCUGAUGCUCAUGGGGGAGAAGCGCUACAGGUGUGCUGAGUGUGGAAAAGGUUUCACUAGGAACUCUCACCUCAAGGCACACAAGAGGAUCCACACUGGGGAGAGACCUUUCAAAUGCACUCAGUGUGACAAAACCUUCAGUGAGAACUCUCACUUGACUGUCCACCUCAGGGUUCAUUCUGGGGAGAAGCGCUAUAAGUGUAACAUGUGUGAAAAGAGUUUCAGUGAGAACUCCAACCUUAUUGUUCACCAGCGAAUCCAUACUGGGGAGAAACCCUAUAAAUGCCCGGAGUGUGAAGUCUGUUUCAGCCAGCAUUCCAGUCUGGUGCGCCAUAGGAGGAAGCAUUCAGGUGCAAGACCGUACAAAUGUGCAGAAUGUGAUAAGACCUUUAGUCAAAAGGGACACCUGAGUAACCAUAUUAGGACACACACUGGUGAAAGGCCUUAUAAGUGUAAUGAAUGUGGAAAGUGUUUCAGUGAGCAUUCACAUCUCACAGGCCAUCAAAAAAUACACACUGGGGAGAAACCCUAUACAUGCAAUGUUUGUCAGAAGGGCUUCAGCAAAAUAUCAAAUCUUAAGGCCCAUCAACAAAUCCACACUGGCUUUAGGCCCUACAUCUGCUCAGAGUGUGGGAAGAGCUUCACCCAGCACUCUACUUUAGUCCGGCAUCAGAGGGUCCAUGUAGGAAAGUUGGAGUCUUUUUGGAAGAACAUCUCUGAAGACUCGACAAGGUCAAACGCUAACAAGAAUAUAUCAUGGAGAGAUGACCUCAUAUCCAAUAAUUUACAAUAUUCAACUGCUCAUGAAGCUAAAGAACCAGUUCAGUGAAGCAGAGGAAGUUUCUUGACUACCUCCUGACUUACUUACCAAGGCUCGUUAGACAUUCCUUUAUAUUUUAGAUGGUGUCAUCAAACAUUAAGCAAUCGUCAAUGCAUAUAUGAUCGCUAAUCUAUAACACUAGCAAUCAACAUUUCAUGCUGUUUUAAAUGUCCAUAUAAUUUAUUCAAUAUUUCAUUUUUAAGCUAUAUUUAUUUUAUAUAGUUCCUAGCUUUCUGUGGGCCACAUAACUUUGGAACUGAUGUUCAUGUACUGUUGAAUGAAAAAAAACUGUUACUUGUACAGCUAUAAAGACAAUGCCUGAUACAUUGGUAAACAUAUGGAUUAUAACUGAACACCAACAGUACGGAGCUGCUGGCUUUGACAUUGCCCUGUAACUAGUCGGCACUGUACUGUAUCGGUUUGUGUCUGGGUAUUGGUUAUAAAUCAUUAUAAAAAUCUUCAGUUCUGGUACAGAUACUUUAAAAUGUACAGGAAAAUAAACAUCUUAUGAAAGCAAA